GUAAUCAACAACAGACACCAUUUGUGCUCCACUUUCGAACCAGAGUAUAAUAAUCUCAAAACUCUUAUCUUAUCUUAGUGAUGGGUGAUAUCAGAGAAGAGGAAGAAGAAGAGGUUGUCCUCGAACUGCCGGAAAAACAUUCUCAGAAGGCAAAGCGUGUGGCUUCUCUGGAUGUCUUCCGAGGUCUUACUGUAGCGUUGAUGGUGUUGGUUGAUGACGCGGGGGGAGAGUGGCCGGUGAUAGGGCACGCGCCUUGGAAUGGAUGCAAUCUUGCUGAUUUUGUGAUGCCAUUCUUUCUCUUCAUUGUGGGAAUGGCUAUUUCACUUUCACUCAAGAGAAUACCCAAAAAAGUUGUGGCUAUCAGAAAGGUGAUCUUAAGGGCACUCAAGCUUGUUUUUUGGGGACUUCUUUUACAAGGAGGCUAUUCACAUGCCCCAGAUAAACUGACCUAUGGUGUGGACAUGAAGAGAAUAAGGUGGUGUGGCAUUCUCCAGAGGAUUGCUCUUGCGUAUUUCGUGGUAGCCAUGAUAGAGAUCUCAAUGAAAAAGACACAAGCUAAGAUUCUAUCUCGGGGACCAUUUUCCAUUUUCAAAGUAUACUAUCGACACUGGGCAUUUGGAGCUUGCGUUUUAGUAGUUUACUUGGCCACAUUGUAUGGAACUUAUGUUCCCGACUGGCAAUUUGUUGUGAAAAAUACAAACAGUCCCUACUUUGGGAAAACAUUAACUGUAUCUUGCAAUGUACGAGGGAAACUGGACCCUCCUUGUAAUGCAGUGGGUUAUAUCGACAGAAAAGUGCUGGGAAUCAAUCACAUGUACCCACAUCCAGCUUGGAAGAGAUCAAAGGCUUGCACGAAGAGCUCUCCGCAUGAGGGCCCGUUCAGAAGUGAUGCACCCUCUUGGUGUUGGGCUCCAUUUGACCCAGAAGGAGUACUAAGCUCAAUUUCUGCUAUCCUCUCCACUGUUAUUGGAGUUCAUUUCGGACAUGUUCUUAUCCAUUUCAAGGACCAUUCUUCUCGGCUUCUGCAUUGGAUUGUCACUGGACUUAUUUUUCUGAUUUUUGGAAUCACCCUUCACUUCACAGAUGCAAUUCCUCUAAAUAAGCAAUUGUACACUUUCAGCUAUGUGUGCGUGACAUCUGGUGCAGCAUCAUUAGUAUUCUCGGCCUUGUACAUUCUGGUUGAUGUUGGCAACCUCGGACGUCUGGUUCUACCACUGGAAUGGAUUGGGAUGAAUGCGAUGCUCGUUUACGUUAUGGCAGCUGAAGGAAUUUUCGCAGGUUUUAUCAAUGGUUGGUACUAUGAUGAUCCUCACAACACUCUGCCAUGUUUGCAGGUAUAUUGGAUCAAGAAGCAUGUGUUUAUUGGAGUGUGGCAUUCAACUAGAGUGGGGAUUCUGAUGUAUGUAAUCUUUGGUGAGAUAUGUUUCUGGGCUGUCAUUGCUGGGGUGUUUCAUUGGUUUGGCAUUUACUGGAAACUUUAGAUUUUAUGUAUAUACAACUCCAUAUCCCAAUUCUUCCAGUCCUGCUAAAGCCUUUUGUGUGUGUGUGUGUGUGUGUGUUGCAAUGUAUAUAUUGAAGAAAUAUAUUGUGGUUGUAAUAAAUAUGCACUCUAUAUACGAUGGAAUCUCUAAACAAAUACAUUGUGACGGU